AUGAUGCUGCUUAAAUUCCCAAUACACUCAGGAGUCGGUCAGGUUCGGGGGAACCAAUUGAUGGCACGGAUAUGCUACGUGUCAUCCACGGCGGAACCAACAACCUGGACGUCAGGGCAAAGGCCGCUCGAAACACUGGCCGUUACCCGCCCAAGCAUGCCGAAUGGCAAAGGAGGGACCGAAAGUCCGGAUGACCCCCGGGACGACAACGUCACGCCGCAAGCUCAACCUACCGAAGAGCUCGAAACGAUCUCCAUCUCCGACACACAGGAUCAGGCCAAUUCGGAAGUUUUCACUUGGUUUUACAACGAUAUGCCUGGGAUCUCCCUGGACGUCAUCAGCCACAAGCUCAGCAUCUCCCCUUCUUUCAAGCCGGUCCGACAUAAGAGGCGAUCCUAUGACGCCGAACGAUACGAGGCCAUGAAGACCGAAGUAGACAAGCUUCAGGCAAUCGGCUUCAUCCACGAAGGCACCUACCCUAUUUGGCUCGCCAACUCAGUCUUGGUGAAGAAAUCCAGCGGCGCCUGGCGAAUGUAUCAGGAUUACACCAAUCUGAAUAAAGCAUGUCUGAAGGAUAGAUUUCCAUUACCAAGAAUUGACCAACUGGUGGACGCCACGGCUGGGCAUGAGCUCCUCAGCUUCAUGGACGCCUACUCCGGCUACAACCAGAUUUUCAUGCAUCCUACACAUCGUGAGCAUACGACAUUCAUUACCGACAGAGGGUUUUAUUGCUACAACGUCAUGCCGUUCGGCCUAAAGAAUGUUGGAGCUACAUAUCAGUGA